AGAGGUGGCGCGCUUACUAUAAAUUUACAAACCGGUUAUGUCCCUUUCUAUGUUAUCUUCUACCCGCAAGGUGCGAUAAUUAUACGUUGUUCAUACAGGUCCAAAACUUCGAAAGCGAAACUACUUCCCGCCAAUAACCCAAGCAAAAGUAAAAGUCAUCUGCUAACGAGUCAGGAUGUCGUCUACAUCUCAAAAACACCGGAACUUUGUGUCAGAGCCAAUGGGAGAAAAGCUUGUGACUGAACUAGCUGGAAUAGGACCGGUUCUUGGCGGAAGACUCAGUGAGGCAGGGUUUGAUAAGGCAUACGUUGUUCUUGGCCAGUUCCUGGUGUUGAAGAAAGAUGAUGAGUUGUUCCUAGAGUGGCUGAAGGAGACGUGUUCUGCUAAUUCCAAGCAAGCAGGGGACUGCUAUACAUGUCUGAAAACCUGGUGUGAUUCUUUCUUGUGAGGUGCCUGCCCUGUCAUAUCAUGCUUCUGUCCACAUGUACUCGUGCUUACACUUAAUUUGGGCUUCCUUGGUCCAAGUUGCACAGCACAAUCCUCUUUUGUUAGAACAUUUAUUUGCGUGGUGACAUGGUAUACAGCUGACAUCUGAUAGUGGGAACCUGAUACAGUUUUACAAAGCAAUAAAC